AUGUCCAACCUCACAAUAUCUCCCCCAACACCCCCCGAACCCCCCCAAAUCGCCACAAUCCACAUCUCGUCAAUGUCCUCAAACCCCCUCCUCCCCCUCCAAUUCCCCACGCCCGCCUCCCUCGCCGACCUCCACGACCACCUCGCCUCCGACGCCCUACGGCACCUCACUCACCACGACACGCCGCGGAUCCUCGUGGCUCGCGUCAAAUCCGACGCGGACGUCGAGAACGAUGACACCGGCGGUGAACGUGUCAUCUCCUUUGUGAAAUGGGACAUCAUCCGACAUCGAGCUCAACCUCGCAGCCAAGCCAUCAACCCCCCCCCCCCCCCACCGCAUCCGCCAGCGGCUCACGACGCUUAG